AUGUCUGAUAUUUUAAAAGACAGCCGUUUUGCUAAAUACCUUAAUGAUCCUAAAUAUAGACAAAUACCUAAACAUGAAAGAAAGGUUAAAAUUGACAAAAGGUUUCAAUCGAUGUUCAGUGAUGAAAAAUUUAAAGUAAAAUAUACAGUAGAUAAACGAGGUAGACCUAUAAAUGAAACUUCAACAGAAAACUUAAGGAAAUACUAUGAUUUGGAUGAGUCAGAUGGAACAGAUAGUGAUAUAGAUUCUGAAAAUGGGGAAGAUGGGACUCAGAAAGAUCCUGAUAUAUCUAGUAAAAUUGAGGAACAACCCGGUCAAUUCGUGAAACGACUUCCAAGUGAUGAAGAAAAGGAAAAAAUAGACUCUCAGGCAUUCAAGAAUGACAAACUAGUUCGUGGCAGUUUAGAUAAGAAAACUAAGAAAAGAUUACUGGAUUUGGACAUAGAUUAUGCUCGAGGCGAAGGAUGUCUCUGGACCGAUAGUUCAAGUGACGAAGAAAGUAGUGAGGAUGAGGUAGACAGUGAGUUAGAACAUGAGUGGGGUGAAUUAGAUGCUGAUGCAGACACAACAGAUGAGUCUACUAAAAGGAUAGCAAUUUGUAAUAUGGAUUGGGACAACAUAAAAGCAUCUGAUUUAAUGGUGCUGUUGAGUUCAUUCUUACCAGCUGGUGGAAUAUUACACAGUGUUACAAUCUAUCCAUCUGAGUAUGGUAUAAAGAGAAUUCAAGAGGAAGAAGUACGAGGUCCCAUUGAGUUGACUGAGAACAAAAAAGAUGAUCCUCUUGAUGAGGAUGGUGGCAAUGAAGAGGGCUCCGCGUAUCACAUGGAAAAGCUGCGACGAUACCAACUCAAUAGGCUGAAGUAUUUCUAUGCGGUGGCGGAGUUCGAUUCCGCGACGACUGCAGACAAAAUUUACUCUGACUGUGAUGGCAUUGAGUACGAAAGCAGUGCUACUAAGCUGGAUAUGCGUUUUGUUCCCGAUGACGUCACGUUUGAUCAGGAGCCUCGCGAAGUAUGCACAAAGCUUCCCGACCUGACCAAAUACAAGCCGCGCCUGUUCACCACGACAGCUUUGCAGCAAGCCAAAGUGGAACUAACGUGGGACGCGACCAACCCCAACAGGGCGGAGACUAUCAAAUGUGCUCUAAAUGGAAAGAUUGAUGACCUAGAUUUGAAGGAGUAUCUGGCUUCCAGCAGUGAAGAUGAAAAUUCAGAAGACGACGCCGUACCGCAGCCAGAGAGUGAAACGGAUGAUCCUAUUCAAAAGUACAAAAUGCUUCUAGAAGAUAUCGAGAAGAAGGAAGACAAAAAACAAAAUAAAGACAUGGAAAUGGAGAUCACGUGGGGACUUGGACUAAAGGACAAGGCUGAGGAACUGGUCAAAAAGAAGAUGUCUGAAGAAAAUAAAGAUUUGACACCAUUCGAGAAGUUACUGCAAAAGCGUAAAGAAAAGAAGAAACAACGUAAAUUGAAUCAGAAAAAAGUAAGCGAAGAAGAAAAACCUGACGAUGAACCUGAUGAUAUCCCGUCUGACGUCGAUAUGAAUGAUCCCUAUUUCGCAGAAGAAUUUAAUAAGCCCGAGUUUAAGAAAUCUAAAGAUAAAAAGAAAGUUUUGGAAAGCGAAGAAUCUGAGGACGAACGUAAUAAAGCAGAAUUAGAGUUACUGCUAGACGAAGAUGAUGGUAAAAGACAUUUCAGUCUAAAGAAGAUUCAAGAAUCGGAGAUCACGUCCAAAAAGUCAAAACGUAAGAAGAAACUAAAAGAGAAAAUGAAAGAACAGAAAGAAACAGUUUCUGAUUUCGAUAUAGAUUUGAACGAUAAACGAUUCGCGGCUCUAUAUGAGUCACACCACUAUAACAUAGAUCCCAGUGAUCCUAAUUUCAAAAAGACUAAAAAUAUGGAAAAACUCAUACAUGAAAAGUUAAAGCGAAGACCAGCUGAUUUGCCCGAUUCUACAGAACCCAAAAGAUCUAAGGAAGACAUCGAAUUGAAUUUACUUGUUAAAAAUAUUAAAAGGAAAACAAAAGGUGUUUUAAAGAAUAAAUAG